AUGGCAAAGAAUAGAGUAACCCCGGUAAAGCAGCUUACAAUACCGAAACUUGAACUAUGUGCAGCACUUAUAGGAUCUAGACUUGCUCAGCAUAUUACAUCGACCAUUGACUGUACAAAAGUAUAUCUAUGGAGCGACAGCCAGAUUGUGUUGAAAUGGAUAUCUUCCUCAAAAUCACAACCAGUGUUUAUAUCCAAUCGUGUCAGAGAAAUACGGGAGUUAACAGAUGGUUUUCAGUGGCAGUAUUGCCCAACAGAUUCAAACCCUGCAGACUUUCUGUCGAGAGGAGUUACUUACGAUAAUUUUCUCGACAACAGAUUGUGGAUGAAUGGUCCUAUCUGGUUGAAAAAUGAUACGUCAUUUCCACAGGGUGAUUGCAAACUCAUUGUAUAUGAUAGUUGUGAAAAUGAAAGUGAAAGCAGUAACAGUGAAACAGCAGUACUAACAUCCACACAGAGUAAACUACCCAAUCCAAGUGUUCUAGAGAUUAUAGACAUUCAGAGAUUUAGCUCGUAUCGGAAACUGUUACGUGUUACAGCAUACGUUAUCCGGUUUGUUAACAACUGCCGAAAUGUGAAGAAGUCACGCGGACCUCUAGAAUCGCACGAGAUCAACACAGAAGCCAGACAGUUAAUAAAGCACGUACAGGAUAUUCAUUUCCACGAUGUGAAACAGUACCUUUCCCAGAAAGAAAAACGGUGUACCACCAUACCAAAUCUAGUGAGACAGCUCGAUCUAUUUCUGGAUGAAGACAAUUUGAUUCGUUGUGGCGGUAGAAUUUCCAAUGCUCCACUAUUAGACAGCACGAAAUUCCCGUACCUACUUCCAUCAAGAAAUAACUUUACAGAUCUGAUUAUAAUGGACGCACACAUUACACAGUUACAUUCCGGCACAUAG